GCGGACUCCGACUGCGGAGGCCGUGCCCAGGGACCACAACUCCCAGAGUGCUCCGCGCCCUCGCUGCCGGAGUCGCCGCCGCCGUUGCCGAGACCAAGAUGGCCGGGAGAAUCGCCGCCUUUCUCAGGAAUGUCUGGGCCAAGGAGCCGGUGCUAGUGGCAUCCUUCACCAUCGGGGGUCUCGCUAUAAUCCUGCCUGCACUCAGCCCCUACGCCAAGUACUCCAUCAUGAUCAAUGAGGCCACACCCUACAACUACCCAGUGCCCCUCCGAGACGAUGGGAACAUGCCUGAUGUGCCCAGCCACCCCCAGGACCCCCAGGGCCCAAGCUUGGAGUGGCUGAAGAAACUGUGAGCUUCUCCAUUGACAGGGAGAGGCCCCCUCCCUGACGGCCCCCAAUAAAAAUGUGAAAACCACA